GACCUGGAAAAAUUUCAUGGUCGGCUGCAGAUGUGAAAGCGACUGCCGUCGACUUGAAAGCAUCUUUGCCGCUUUCGGUGACCCAGGUCAUCACUGCCAAGGAGUGGCGCGGAGGACCACUUGUCCAGCUUGAGGACACCAUUUCUCGCCCUGCUGCCUCAGAUUUGAUCGUAAAUUACUGGUUCAUCAAGGCAUUCGUUCGAAAGUGCCCCGACAAGGUGCCGUCUGCCUUUUUUGUAGCUGAUGUCAUACUCUACAUGGACCGACUUUUUUGCGAGCGCCUACUGAUUGCGCAGAAUCCGGGAGAAAACAAAAAAAGCCUCGCCGGUGAAGAAGGCAAGAAGAUCAAGGCGAAGUCGCAUGGGCACGCUGACGAGUCUAGCUCGGACAAUGGUGAUGAGCAGGCUGAGAGCGUCCAUGGCAGCUCUGAUGGCCACCUCCCACCGGCCCAGGAGCAGGUGGAGGGUGAUUCUGUUGCUUGCCCUGCAGAUGAUGAUGUAAAGAUGGUUGAGGCUGCUGAGAGCGACGAUGAACUUGAUGCAACAACCCUCCCGGGUCCAGGCGAUGUUGCCAGCCUUGCAGACGAUGACGAGGAGAUGCCUCCUUUGGCCCACCCGUCACCAGAGAGGGAUCAGGCAAAUGAAGAGGCAGAUGAAGAGUCUUCCAGUUCUUAUGGAGGCUAUGACUGCUUCUUUGAGUCGCCCGAGUGUGGAAACAGUGGGCCGCCAAGAAAUGAGCUGAUCGAGAUGUGCUUGGGAUUGAUGCAAUACCUUUCGCAAGAGCACCCAGACAUCAUGAAGUGCCUUGGUGGAAGGCAUUUCCACAUGGUGAACUAUAUGGACCACUGCGAAUGGAGCUUCAGCAGAUUCGGCAUCCGGGCAACAAGUUGGCUGAGCACCAAAGAGCACUUUGCUCGUUGGUUGAAACGAUUCAAUGAGCUUAAUCGCACCAGUGAUUGCAAUAAGGUCUUGGACGGUAGAGCUAAUGCAGAUCUCACCGCUGAGACGCAUGCUGCAGCUGGGAUCGUGUGCCGGAAGCCUGCUGAGGAGGCUUUGGGCUUCAAGCGAGCCCGCGAGGAAUCUACAGCUGGUGCUCCAAACGGCGCAGGGGAAGGGGCAAAAGCCACAGAACCCAAAGCUAAGAAACCGAAGAAUGGCGAAGAGCAGAAACGGGAAAAGACUGAGGAACUCACCAUUGCUGGUGAUAAGUUCAAAACAUAUGAUUUGAAGGCUUUGCAGGCGAUCGAGGUUCUGCUGAAGAACAAAGCCUUUGUUGUCAAGCGCAUUGGCGCCCCAGCGAACGGUGAGGAAAACACGGACUCUGAGGGUGGCCGAACUGGUCAAAUCACGUGGGCCAAAAGCGGUGGGUGUGAGGCAUCGUGGGUGAAGGCAAAGACAAUUGCCAAGUGGCGUGAGCCGACCUUCGUGAGCAUCGAUGGUUGGGACCGAGUGAAGCCCUUAGCUUUGAAGAGGCGUGCAAAUGCCAGUAUGCCGUUCAAGCAGAAUGGUGCUGCUGGCAAACCAACAACUUGGAAGCAGAAGCACAAGCAAUCAGUGCUUGCCGGCCUCCGCUUCAUGAAAGCGCCGAUGGUGCUGGCUGCCCUUUGCAGUUUGAUGUUUGCCAACAGCCAGCUCAAUUUUAAGCCCUUGGACCACUUAGAACUUUUUGCUGGCGUGCACUCUAUCACUUCUGGUGAGUGGAAGGAAUCCCGGCAUGCUAUUCCGAUGGACUUGACGUAUGACAAGGAUGGAGGCCAAGACAUUUUGACACCCGUUGGGUUUUGCAACAUGCUCUACCAAGUGCUGUCCCUCAGACCGGGGGGGGCCUUAUGGUCUGCUCCGGUUUGCUCGUCGUCGCGGGGCAGCACUCAAAGACGAACUGACAAUCCCAUGGGCUGCACGUCGUCUCCUUCAGUCGCGGCAGGAAACCUGAUGGUUGCAAGGCUUACCAUUUUGCUGGCCAUAGCGGUAGCAAAGAGGUGCAUGUGGCCCCUUGAACAGCCAGUGAACAGCUUGUUGGAUGGCCACGUCCUCUUUCAACAAUUUCUUCGCUUGAAGCAGGUGACAUGCUACCGUGUUUCAACUAGCUUAAGCUGGUUUGGCGCUGACACUCGCAAGCCUCUCUGGGUCUAUUCAAGCAGACGUGAGAUUCAGGAGCUGAAUGACUUUGCAGACCGCUCUCUGCGUCCUGAGAACCAAUCAGAGAUGAUUGUGAGGUACGAAGACUCUGAGGGAAAACAGCGGAUCAAGGGGGGGUCUGACUUGAAAGCAAGUCAAGCUUAUCCAAAGAAGCUCAUUCCCACGCAAAUAGUAUGGAAGUUUCGCCAUUCAGUUUCUAUGUUUUCUUUUUGA